AAUCAUCUUGAGACUGUUGUAAAAGCACUAGCACAUAAUUGUAAGUGGGGUUUAAGUAAACUUGUGUACUAAAAUAGGCUAUGUUAAAUGUUACGUUUAACAAUACAUUUGUGUGCAGGUCUAAAUCUUGUGGAACACAUCAGAGAGAGCGAGCGAGAGAGAAAGAGAACCCGCCAGAGGUUGGAGAAAUGCAUGGCUUGUUUUUUCCUCUCCUUGCUAAUAUGUGGGUGUGGUGAGGGUAAACACUUUGAUUGAAGUGAAACUACAUGAUUUCAUGGGAAUAUUCGAUGCUGUAAGGCAAAGAAACGUGUACAUUUUAUCAUAAUAUCCAGUUAAUAGCCUAAUGGUUUGAACACAUUAUUGAUUUUAAGCCUUAUGUCUACAAACAUUUGUUAAAAUGUGUCUUGAUUUAAAAUGAACCUGCAGCCCUACAUUGAAAAACUGUUUUUUGUGGUUGAGAGUUAAGAUGCUCACUGGCUUGAGGAGCCUACUUUUGUUUUACUACUAAUGUAAUGUAAACCGUUUCCCCCCUGCAAAAUAGAAAGGAAAAGCAGGGUUUCUAGAUUUGCAACGAUCAACAAUGCAAGCUAAACAAUUUUCAUAAUAUUUUGUGAACUCUACUGAAGUACUAAAAUGCUGAAUCAUCACAGGUUUGUCCUUUAUUAUUAGGCCUACUGCAAAUGAUUAAAGCUAAUUUUAUUUUAUAUAUAGUAAGCCUGCAAUGCAGCAAAAUGCAGAGGGUUUUUAUUUUUUACACCAUCCGGGGUGCGGAAUCAAAUUCCAUUUAAACAAAACUCCUCCAGCAGUUCAUACUCACAUCCAAUAUCUCUCAUUUGUCAUGGGAACUUGCAUGAAAUUUCAUUCCUGAAUGAAAGUGAAAGUGCCAAACUGCAGUUAAAGUCGACAAAUUAAAUAUGUAACACCCAAAAUACAUGAAACCCUGGUGGAAAUGUGGUAAACGUAUGUUAAUGUGUACAAUUAUGUUUAGGAUUGCUAAACUCUUAUGGAAAUACUGAAUCACUAAAUAAAAGAUUUACCCGUAUCAGUAUGACUAAACUUGUAAAGCAGUUUUGCAUUUAUAUGUUCUCUCAUAGUCAAUGUCAAGGUGUUGAGGAAACUGGAUUUGGGCACUGAGAAGAGUAAUAUUUGACAUCAUGGGUAAUAGUGUGCCUUGGCUGUCAAACAAGUCUAAUGAAGGAGAAGAUGGUAACACUUGUACGCAGGAACUGGGACAAAGGAAAAGGAAGAGUAGUGAGUCAUGCCAAGAGACAAAAAGCAAAAAACCAAGAGAAGAUACACCAUCGUCAAGCACUGAUUAUCAAUUGGACCAAGAAACGAAUGAGCAGGAUAAAGACAUUCAAUCGGGAUCAAGAAAUCAACCAGAUCAACAUGAAGACAUGGGCAACAUCAAACAGAAAAAUAUCACGCUGCUCCUCAGUAGACUUAAUCUCAGGAGUGAACUAAAAGUACAAGAUUUCCUGCAGUUAACAUCAUUGUCGUUGCAGUGGCAUGAGCCUUGUGAGGAGAAGAACUUAGUUCAAACCUUCAUACAGAGACUUGUGAUGAUGGACUACAGAGCAAGAUACAUUGCAAUAAAAGAAGAACCGUGUGAGGUGCUCAACACACAAAGGACAACAAGUUUUGAUAUAAAAGAAAGCAAUGCUUUUGAAAAAAUUUUUAAUAGAUCUGCACUCGUUGAUGAACCAAUGAGGACGCAGCCAAUCCACCCAAUGGACAUUCAGAUGGCUGUGUUUCUCAAUGCGGACAAUUUCCUUCGGCAGCUCAUAGUAACAAAACUCUCACAGUGUCAGUAUGCUCUUCCUCUGCUUGUGCCUAAUCCGUUCACCCAGGAGAUUGAAUUUCCCCUGUGGACCUUUCGGCAAAUCAAGAAGAGCUGGAAGUCACACAAUACCAACAUCAGCAAAUCCAAGACAAUCUGCCAGAUUGAGACUCCUUUGGUUGUCUUUUUUAGGCUUUCAUCAGUUUUCACAUCGAAAUCUGAAUUAGUGAGCAACCUGAUCAAUGAACGCCAUGAAAGUUUCUUUCACAGACACUGCCGUGGAAGCAGCAAGUCCCGUCUGCUGAUGGAUGGAGUGGUUGAGAUUGCCUGGUACUGCCCUUCUGGAGAGAAAACCGAUAAAUUCACAGACUGCGUAGCCUUCUGUAAUCUUCAUGGUGAUGCACAGGCAAACAAGACACAGCUACAAAUUCUGACUGAAGAGUCCUCGGUUAAUGUCAUGCUUUUGCCAAAUCUGGAUAGGGCUGACAAAAGUAUGGCAAUAGUGGAAGAGCUCUACAAGAGCCCAAAACCUCUCAUUUGCCUUCUGACUGAAGAUGACUCCAGUAUUACAGAGAUGCAAAAAGGAAAAUAUAAAAUUGGUUUAAAAGACCGAAAUAAGUCUGAUGUGUCUGAAGAAAUCAGAAGAACCAUCAACGAGAGUCUCCUAAAUACAACAUCUACUUUUAAACUCGACAACUUAGUCAGGCACUCUGCAAUUAAAGUGGAUGAAAAUCAUGAUGAGUGCAGGUAUGGGCAUACUGAGGCAAAAAAGAUGAUGAGAGUACUGGAGAGAAAGGAACUGCCCAAAAUUAAAGAAACGUUUCUUCCUUGUCAGGGAAAACUGUGGCAUGAGUGGUGUCUCAAGAACAAAGAACUACAUCGACCUAAAGGGAGCAACAUUGAAACACAUACUAGCCAAAAACAAACAGAAAUGCAACAGAUUAGACAGAAGCAGAAAGCUUAUGGCAUCAGUGCGUUUAUGAAGAUGUUUACUGAAAAACUAAAGUCUAGAAAUACUAAGGAGAAGAUGUAUUUCCUUAAGUGGCUUGGCAUCCUUCUGGAUGAGUUCACUUCAGAAGAUCUCUGCAAGCUCCAUCACGAGUAUGAUGAAACAUGGUCAAAAGUGCUGGAUUUGAAAAAGAAACACUAUAAAACUGAGCAAAUGACAGUACAGCAGACACAACUGGAGAACUUGUCUGAAAACCUGAAUGCUGCAACAUUUGGUUUGGAGCACAUACUAAGAGAGAUUGGCCAAAUUUAUGAAUCAGGCAUUUCAGUGAAGAAAAAUAAAGGAUCUGGAUGUGAGCUGGAUAUAAGGUCUUUACCACAUUUUGCUGCAGAGCUCAUGGUCUCUGGAUACCCAAUGGAGCUGAUGGACGGCGAUGCAGCUCAUGUUCCUCUGAUUUGGGUUCAAGCUGUUUUAGAUAAACUUAUCAAGCUUCUGGGAGACCAGAGGGUCUUUGUGUUGUCAGUUUUGGGGAUUCAGAGCACUGGGAAAUCCACCAUGCUGAACGCCAUGUUUGGACUGCAGUUUGCAGUCAGUGCUGGAAGGUGCACAAGAGGAGCCUUCAUGCAGCUGGUCAAGGUUUCUGAAGAACUGAAAAGCCAGUUAAACUUUGACUACAUUCUUGUUGUUGAUACCGAGGGCCUUCGAGCUCUAGAACUGGCUGGCAGAUCAACUAGACAUCAUGACAAUGAAAUGGCCACGUUUGUAGUCGGGCUUGGAAAUAUGACUCUGAUCAAUAUCUUUGGUGAGAAUCCAGCUGAGAUGCAGGAUAUCCUUCAGAUUGUUGUUCAGGCCUUCUUGAGGAUGAAGAAGGUACGACUGAAUCCCAGCUGCAUGUUCGUGCAUCAGAAUGUUGGAGACAUCACAGCUGGUGACAAGAACAUGGUAGGGAAAAGGCGCUUACAGGAGAAACUAGAUGAGAUGACCCAACUGGCUGCUAAAGAAGAAGUGUGUGAUGCAGAAUGCUUUGGCGAUGUCAUUAAAUUUGACAUCAAAACUGAUGUAAGGUAUUUUGCCCAGCUCUGGGAGGGAAGCCCACCAAUGGCACCACCCAAUCCCUGUUAUAGUGAAAAUGUGCAGGAGCUUAAGAGCAAAAUUCUCUUGCAUGCUUCAAAAUGCAGUGGUGUGACACUAACACAGUUCAAAAAUAGAAUUGGAGACCUCUGGAAUGCUCUUCUGAAUGAAAACUUUGUUUUCAGCUUUAAGAAUACUUUAGAAAUUGCGGUAUACAGGAAAUUGGAGGAGGAAUAUGCCAAGUGGACGUGGACUCUCAGAAGUGCCAUGCUGGAGGUUGAAGAUAACCUACACAACAGAAUCAACAACAGGCAACUGCAUAAAGUUGAAAUUAAAAACUUGGAAAAGAAGAUAUCGGAGACCUAUGAAGAGGUGAAAGUUUCAAUAAAUCAAUACUUUGAAAAACAUAAAGAAAAGGAGAUGCUGAUUCAGUGGAAAUCAAAGUUUCAAGAGAAAAUCAAGCACCUUCAUAGGGAUCUUGUGAGAGAUACCAAGAGGAGGCUGGAAAACAUUGUCUAUCAAAGGGAAACUCUGACCAAACUAGACAGGAAGAAAACACUACAUGAGAAAAAACUCCUUGAGAAAAGCAAAGAGCUAGCAUUCAUUCUUAAGAAAAAGGGUCUUGAUGAGAAUGAGCUGAAGGCAGAGUUUGAUUCAGUGUGGGAAAACUGGGUCUCUCAGUUGGCAGUGGAUGUUAGACCUCUUGAAGACAUUAACAUAGAACAGGACAUCAUUACUAUCAUAUCUGAAAUUCACGAAGAAGCACUUGUGCAUAGCAGAUUAAAUAAAUCUGAAAGCAUUAGCCAACUGACUAACUUCAACAAAUACAUUAAUCCCAUCAAAAAAAUCUGCAAUGUAUUUCGCCAGUCUUCAUUUGCCCUUCUACCAGAGGAACAGGAGUCCAUAACACAACUGGUUCACAGAAUUACGUGUGAAACUAGAAACCUGGUGAAGUCAAAAUCAGUGGCGAAGAUGGGCUACAACACAAGCUACAUUCAAGAAAUCGCACAGCUCGUAAAAAUGAGCGUUGAAAACCAUGAGUGCAAAGUGACGAAAUACAAAUUCAAGAAAGAGUUCACAGUGGAUCUGACCAUCUUUGCAUGCAAACAGGCAGGUGAGCAAUUUGCAGAGCUUCAUCGGGUGUUUAGAGAGGCUAAUGAUCCCAUAAUUUAUUUAGAGAAGAAGAAACCAGAAUACUACAGCGUCUUCCAGGCAUUCUGCCGAGGUGCAACAUCGGCUGCUGUAUUUGGAGCCUUGAUUUGUAGUGAGCUGAAAGAGCCCAUUAUCCAGAGUGUCUACAACAAGACCGCAAGUGAUCUAGCAGGAGAGAUGCGGACAAAUAUUCCAGCGUUCAAAGGCAACAGGUCAAAUCUGGAGAAACACAUUCUGAAAGCUCUUGCAGAGGAGGAGGACUUUCAAAAGUUUAUUCAGUACAUACAUUUUCCCAGGGAGCAGUUUGAAGGCUUCAUCAAAUCUCAAGUGAAAGCUUUCAUAACGGAGGGAAACUCGUCAGCUGUGGCUAUGAUUCAAGGCAACAUCAGGCACAAGGAGCAAUGUGUCAUCACAGCUGCAGAAACGGCAACAGCUCAAGUCUUGGGUAAAGCUGGAGAUGCAAACAUUUGGCUGGAGAUUUUCUCAGACUGUCUGAAGGACGAGCUUGAAUACAGUAAAGAACAUCUGACUGGGGAUUGCUGUCAGGACAUCACUGACUUUGAACUUCUGGAAGAGGUUGUGAAAAAAGAGCUUCGCCCAAUCAUAGAAGACUUGAACAGAUGCUUUAAACCCUCAAGUGUCAAAAUGCGAAAGUUCAGGAAACCACCAGAUGAGAUUUUGAUUGAACAUUUCUGCAAUUGCUGCUGGGCCCAGUGUCCCUUCUGUAAAGCCAUAUGUAUAAACACAAUGGAGGACCAUCCUGGGGAUCACAUUGUCCCUUUUCAUCGUAACUGUGGGAUAAGAGGGAUGAUUUACAAAGGGACAACUAAUCUUUCCUUGACAUUCUGCACAUCUUCUGUGGCAAGUGACACACAGCGGUUUUGUCCAGAUAUUCGAACAAAUGAGACAGUUUUGUGGAAGGAAUAUAGAACUGCAGGUCCCCAUUUUGCAAACUGGUGCAUCACACCUGAUCUGUCAGAGCUGCCUUACUGGAAGUGGUUUGUGUGUCGGUUUCAGGCUCAAUUAGAAAAGUGUUACAAUUACACUUUCGAUGGCUGUAGUGAGAUACCAAAGGAAUGGAGAACCUACACAAAGGAGCAAGCGCUGGAGAGUCUAGAGAAAUACAUGUAAGUUUAAUCACUGCCUUUAACGUUUAAAGUGUUUUUAGCUUUAACCAUUUUUAAAGUAUCCAAAAAGACCCAGAAUUAUUUUCCUCAUUCUUUGUGAAUGAUCUAUUUAUAAUGCCUGUUAUUUCAUACUAAUUGUUACACAGAAAUUAUUGUGUAUUAUUUUCCUUUUAUGUUCAAGGUUUUUGGUUGUUUUUUGUAGUUCUUGCCUAAACAACUGUAGUUUUUUUAUGAACAUUUUAAUCUUUACCUUCUUAAUAGCAUUUCAAUAAAAAGACACUGCAUUAUUAACUAAAAUCACACAACAUUUUGUAUUCUGAAAAUAAAAAAUAGAA